AUUAAACAUAUUUGAAUCGGACUGGUAACAGGAAUCCUCAUAUGCAUAUGAGCUCCGAAUCAUCGUCCCGGUUGUCAUUUUGUCCCAAAUUGCCAUUUCUUCAUGCCAAUUGAUCCGCGUGAACAAGUGGAUCCGACCUAAAUAUCUCGUUCAUGGACCCUACCACUUACUUGUUAACUUGAACAAUUAUCUUAUGCGAAUUGUUGCCAGGGUUCCCAGUUCCAAGACCACCACCCCCUCUCCCGCAAACAUCUUAUAUAUACAUAGCUCCCAUUCACACUUCCCUCCGCCCACUCACUCCGCUACCAUUCUCAUCUCAGUUCAAUACUCGGGCCGAAUCCGGCUCAAGAUCCGGAAUCCAUGGACCCUACAACCACACUCCUCUUCUUUCUUCUUCUCCUCUCAAUCGCCGUGGCUACUGACCCUUGCUCCCAAUCCGACGGCUCAGAUCUCUCCGUCAUUCCCAUCUACGGCAAAUGCUCCCCCUUCUCACCGCGCAAACCCGGUUCUUGGCCCAACACCGUUAUUAACAUGGCCUCCAAGGACCCGGAGCGCCUGGCCUACUUAUCUAGCCUCGUCGCCCAGAAGGCCCCCACUGUCCCAAUUGCCUCCGGCCAGCACGCCCUCAACGUUGCCAACUACGUCGUCCGGGUCAAGCUCGGGUCCCCGGGUCAAACCAUGUUCAUGGUUCUCGACACCAGCAACGACGCCGCCUGGGUGCCGUGCAGCGGCUGCGCCGGCUGCUCCUCCACCACUUUCUCGCCCAAGGCCUCUUCCACCUGCCGGUCGAUGGACUGCUCCGAACCCGAAUGCACCCAGGUUCGUGGGCUCUCGUGUCCGGCAACCGGGUCGGGCGCGUGCUUGUUUAACCAAUCCUACGGCGGAGAUUCAUCCUUCGCGGCCACCCUCUCCCGCGAUUCCCUAAGUCUAGCAAAUGACGUCAUUCCCAGCUACUCAUUUGGGUGCAUCAAUGCGGUUUCGGGUGGGUCGGUGCCGCCACAGGGUUUGCUGGGGAUGGGCCGGGGCCCCAUGUCGUUGCUCUCCCAAUCCGGGUCGCGCUACUCGGGCGUGUUCUCGUACUGCCUGCCCAGUUUCAAGUCCUACUACUUUUCCGGGUCGCUGAAACUCGGGCCGGCGGGUCAACCAAAGAGCAUCAAAACCACCCCACUUUUGCGUAACCCGCACCGGCCGUCGCUGUACUACGUCAACCUGACCGGGGUCAGCAUCGGCAAGGUCCGGGUACCAGUGGACCCGAAGUUCUUAGCGUUCAACCCGAACACCGGGGCGGGAACAGUGAUUGAUUCGGGCACGGUUAUAACCCGGUUCGUCCAGCCGGUCUACGAUGCCAUCAAACAGGAGUUCAGGAAACAGGUGGCGGGCCCGUUUACGACGCUGGGAGCGUUUGACACAUGUUUCAGAGCGACGAACGAGGCGGUGGCGCCCGCCGUGACGAUCCAUUUAGAGGGGAUGGAUUUGAGGCUGCCGAUGGAGAACAGCCUGAUACACAGCAGUGCUGGGACGGUGGCGUGCCUGGCGAUGGCGGCGGCGCCGAACAACGUGAACUCGGUGCUGAAUGUGAUAGCCAAUUUGCAGCAGCAGAACCUUCGGAUUCUCUUCGAUGUUGCCAACUCUCGCUUGGGAAUUGCUCGCGAGCUCUGCAACUAGCUAUUUUGCUCUCUACUUCUUUCUCCAUAUCUGUCCUCUUGUGCUGAAAAUAUCCAUGCGUGCAGGUCUUUUGUUUUUGACUCUUUUGUCUCUUUUGUUUUUUUUCUUGUUUUUUUAAUUGAUUCUAUGUGCAUGUUAAUGUUUGAGAAUAAGCUGGGUCACGAAAUGUAGUCACAGCUUUUGAAAUAGUUUUAUGUAUAAUUAGUUUUAAGAUUUUGUAAA